CUCUCUCUCUCUCCCCCUGUCUCUCUCUCUCCCUGUGCAAGUGAAAAAGCGGCAACAGCUUCACGUGUUCUCUCUCCUCUCUCUCUCUCUCUGCAUCGCCGCCGCCGUCGUCGUCGUCGCCGUGGAGGUGUCCCCACGCAAUUCAAAGUCCCAAAAAGAAACCCUAAUCUGUUGACUGUUGGCGGCGAGCAAGUAAAGCCUUCACGGGCUCCCAACGCCUUCCAAUCCCUAUCUCCUCCAACAACCAUCAUUUUGUGAUCGAUCUCGCGCCACGCUCGCACCUAGGGUGUCGUCUCCAUGAAAUUCGAGCCCCUCCCUCUCCACCGAGCAUAAUUCGAGUUCAGAAGCAGAGCGGACAAGCGAAGAGGAGGAAGAUGGAUAUGGAUCGAGCUGCUGUGACGGUUGGUCCCGGGAUGGACAUGCCGAUCAUGCACGACAGCGAUCGGUAUGAGCUCGUCCGGGACAUCGGCUCGGGGAAUUUUGGAGUCGCGAGGUUGAUGAGGGACAAGCACACCGGCGAGCUCGUCGCCGUGAAGUAUAUCGAGAGAGGUGAGAAGAUAGAUGAGAAUGUGCAAAGAGAAAUCAUUAACCACAGAUCGUUGAGGCAUCCCAACAUUGUGAGAUUCAGAGAGGUCAUAUUAACACCAACACAUCUGGCUAUUGUGAUGGAAUUUGCAUCUGGGGGAGAGCUCUUUGAGAGGAUUUGCAAUGCUGGGAGAUUCAGUGAGGAUGAGGCACGGUUUUUUUUCCAACAACUUAUAUCAGGAGUUAGCUAUUGCCAUUCAAUGCAAGUAUGCCACCGUGAUUUGAAAUUGGAGAACACAUUACUGGAUGGAAGCCCAGCUCCCAGGCUGAAGAUUUGCGAUUUUGGGUAUUCUAAGUCCUCAGUGCUGCAUUCACAACCAAAAUCAACUGUUGGCACCCCUGCUUAUAUAGCUCCUGAAAUCUUACUUAAAAAAGAAUAUGAUGGCAAGAUAGCAGAUGUGUGGUCUUGUGGGGUUACCUUGUAUGUCAUGCUGGUCGGUGCAUACCCUUUUGAGGAUCCUGAAGAUCCUAAGAAUUUCCGCAAGACAAUACAACGCAUUUUGAGUGUUCAAUACGCUAUCCCUGACUAUGUUCAUAUAUCCCCCGAGUGCCGUCUUCUGAUCUCAAGGAUUUUUGUAGCUGAUCCGGCACAGAGAAUAACCAUUCCCGAGAUCAGGAACCAUGAGUGGUUCCUAAAGAACCUUCCGGCGGACCUGAUGGAUGAAAACAGCAGCAACCAGUAUGAAGAGCCUGAUCAACCUAUGCAGAGUAUCGAUGAAAUCAUGCAGAUAAUUGCAGAGGCAACCAUACCAGCUGCUGGGAACCAGAGUCUCAGACAGUAUCUGACUGGGAGCUUGGAUAUCGACGAUGACAUGGAAGAGGACUUGGAUACUGAUCCAGACCUUGACAUAGAUAGCAGCGGAGAAAUUAUCUAUGCGAUGUGAUAGCCAAACAUGCCUACCAGGGUUGAGAACACAGGCAUAGCGGAUGAAUUUAUUUCCUGUAUCUUGUGUUGUAUAUUUGGGUGUGAAAGCUAGUAGGAGCAAAGUCGUUACCCUUUCCUGCUGGCAUGUUUGCACUGUUAUGUACCAGUGGCACGGUUGUGUAAACCAUAUAACCCAAAAAUGCUCUCUUUCUUAGAAGUUCAUAACUGGCUGCAUUACACUCU